AUGUCGCUGGCGUAUCCACCUCCCCAGCUGGCGUAUCCUCCUCACCAGCUGGCGUAUCCACCUCACCAGCUGGCGUAUCCACCGCAUCAGCUGGCGUAUCCACCGCUCCAGCUGGCGUAUCCUCCUCACCAGCUGGCGUAUCCACCUCACCAGCUGGCGUGUCCACCGCUCCAGCUGGCGUAUCCUCCUCACCAGCUGGCGGAUCCACCUCACCGGCUGGCAGAACUGCAGAUCGCCACUGGGGAAUGGAUGAACCAAUAUGCCAAGCGAUGUCCCCCAUCCUCAAGUGACGUCACCGCUCCCCCGCUGGGGGAUGACCUCCUCACCCCCAAACUGCUACCCCCCUCAGAGCUCAUCCGACGCACUCUAGCCCGACGUUCAUUUGCUGGUCCCACCACGGCCGAAGUCCCAAACAUUUUUGUGGUCCCUCCGCCGCCCACAAAUUCGUCCAAGUUUUCCACGCCAUCCGGAGACGCUCGGUCAUCCAAUCUGCCAGAAUCUCUUCGUCUGCGCCGAUUGAGUUUGGAUGAGGGAAACUCGUCUCUAAAUGGCGAUGAAAAUCUGUCGGCUAGUAAAACCGAUGUUUUUCCUCAAAAAUAUAGCGCUCCCAAAGGCAAAACUUCUCCACCUGUAGCUGGUGACAACCAAAACAGUUUGAGUUCAGGUACAGGAUUCGAGCCACCACUACCUCUUCGACUGGCCGAGCGCCACUCUACUUCUAGUCUACCAAGAAUCCAAAAAAGAGAAGAGUCCACUUUAGCAAGACAUUCGUCGCCUUUACCUCUAAAAUCAUCCUCGCGGCCCUCAUCUCGAUCUAAUUCCCCUCAACAAGGGGACGCUAUUCUGCCCCAACCUAUCAUCAAACGUCGGGUUUUACCUAACAUCCCCACCAGCAGCGAAGAUUCUGUCACGAUGAGGAAUAAACAUGCGAGGUCUCCUUCUGACCCACCUUUCGGUGAUACAUCACGUCACUCACUAUUAGGUGUGGGCAGAAGUCCUUCCGAUCCUGCCAAUGCAAGUCCUAGCGAACGAUCUAAAUAUCCUUUCGAGAGAAAUCCUCCUGAUGGUAGUUCAUAUUCUCAACUAUCUUUCGACGUCCCAACCAAGAACGAAAUACAGCGAGAUUCCAACUUCCCGACCAAUCGUGGCGAUACCCGACGCAUGUCGCAUCACGACGUCCAACCCUCCAGAAACAUGCGAGAAGAAUUCCCGAGAUCCCAACCCGAGUUCCAUAAAUCACUUUCAAACCUCCAUUCUAGUCACAGGAAAGCCGACGCGUUGCACAUGUCACAGGACUCUUUGGAUGACGUUAGUCCAACGCAUCGCGGAGAUUCUGUCAAAGAUUGCUCUGAGGUCCGCGGCUCUGCAUUUACAAGUUCAAACUUACCAGAGCGCCGUAAUUCAGGUAACGUUCAACGCCCAAGUUCAAAAGGCUUCUCUACUGAACUUUCAUCCCCGGCAAGAACUCCUGGUCACGACACUCGCACUUUCCUCGAUUCCAGCAACCGACAAUCCCACACUCUGCCUCGACGUCCGCACUCCACUCACGGCGAAGUGACCGCCUCCGUGGACUAUGGCAGCCUGAAACGUGGAUCUCACGGCCCCGGAUACUCCGACACGUUGAAGUCUGAGAACAUCAUCCUUCCUCAACCAACUCGAGCUGCACCUACCACCGUCAACCAGAUACUCUACGGCUCUGCUGGAGGUUCUGGACGUAACCAAGGACAGUUUGGUGACCACCACGAGCUCGUCAACCAAGAUUCACCUACUCGAGAUCUUGGCUACGGAGAUGCCAGGGAGUCUCCGCCACGCAUCACAUCAGUGUUCUUCCCUCAAGGGUUCGCCACCACAGGACGCGCUAGGAGACCUAGUCGCCCAGCAGGAGAAAUCCUGCGUCGGUCCAAAUCCUUCCACGAACCUGAAGGAGGCGACCUCUCGCUCGCCCAGUCCGCAGUUCUGGAUUCAGGAAUAUCUACGUCACGUGGCAACGUCGCUAAAUACGUCCAAGAACUCGAGAAAGGCAUUAAGUCCACCGUGGAUAACAUGUUAACUCACAGAACAAACAUGUCUAGCCAAAAUGACUUAGGAUCUUCGUUGUAUGGUAGUUUCCCGAAGAAAGAUUUGAAAUACUCGCACUCUUUUAAGUACCCACAUUUGGAUCGUGAUUCUGAGUACAAGAAAGGUCCGAGCAUCACUCAUUCACACUCGUUUAAGUUGGCGUCAAGUUCGAGAGAUCUUCUUGGUCAUCAAGUUAACGAUCGUUAUCGGCCAUAUGUUCAACCUAGAAGAUCUCCAUCUUCUUUUGAACAACCAACUGGGACUCUAAACACCAGACAACAUCCUAGCUCAAAUGAGGCCUAUUUGGAUCUACCAAGACGAUCACGUGAUUUAGAUCGAUCAUCGAAAGACAAUAUUGAUUACAGUGGUCGUGAUCGUGACGCGGGUAGAUCUCUGAAAUCCAAUACUAAUCAUCAUAAUCAUGAUCGUUUCUUGGGCCGAUCUACAAGAGACACUGGACUUGUCUCUGGCGAUCAUCGAGAACAAUCGCGGUUUUCUCAAGAUUCGGCGAGAGUCCCGAGAGAUCAUUUGACAUUGGAUUUGAGAAGCCGUAGUCCGCGGCGCAACAUUACCAACGAGAUCAUCAACUCAGAGUCAUUACAGCUGCUCAAAAAAUAUUCACAGGAGUCGCCCACAUGGUGCGGAGUCGACAGUCUUGCCAAACGACGGUGGGACAGACAUGCUACGAAUCCUGAUGACCUUGCGGACGAUUCACGGGAUAGCCCUCGAUCCUUCCGGCAGGACCGACAUCCAACCACCCCUAGUGAUCCGGAUUCUCGAAAACCUUCAUGGCGAUGGUCGGAUGACCUUAGCAGACCAACGGCACGGCGGUACUCGUCUGAUGACGUUAUCAACAGUCCGUCAGAGCCUCCUUCUAAUCGCCAUUCAUUUUACGAUGCUCAGAACUACAGGUCCACGCCUCGAACCCGCGUGCCCGAAGGAUCCCUAAACCGCCGUCGUCCUCUUUCGGAUGCGACCCUCGGCGACGUGAUUACUUCCUACCACGACUUUGGUCACGAACGAUCAGCCCCAGAAGGCGACGACUACAAGCUCGUCUUUAUAAGCUCUGAUUCCUCCAAAGGCUCCGAUCUCAACACAUCUGGUGAGUCGGAGGCAAACCCUGUCUCGAAAGUAACUAAAGCUAAUUCUUUCCAUGGAAAAUCUCAAAAAUCGCAUCGGCGUGUCGACGCAGCAGUGAACACUGAACGGUUCUUGCAUAACCAAGAAGAAUCACCGAGUGAUCAAGAGAAUCCAGUGCCUGUUAGUGACAGGAAAUCUCGCCGAACUUCCCGGGAAGACUCCAGGAGUCGACCGAGAUCCAAAUCCCAGCACGGGUAUGACCCUGACGAGCCCCCACCACGCCCUCCUAAACCCAGUCAUCUCUGCCCACCGGUGGGCAGGGAUUUCUUCCCCCCUUUGGGGGCAAUCCACCCUAGCCAGCUGCAAGCGAUGCUCCAACAAACUGAAGUGGUGCAGGCUGAAGCACAAGCUCUUCAAGCAGCUCUCAUGGGAGCCUUUUCCCCAACGGAGAAAUUUAAGCCCAGUUCGGCUAAAACCGACGUAAGAGAAAAUGCAUCCUUGUCAGCGCAUCGGCUUCGCAAUAUCAGCACAGGUGCUACAACAACCACCUCCAACUCUACGAUGACGUCCGCCUCCACCUCCGUUGUGUCGUCCACCUCCACCUCCACCUCCACCUGCUCAAGUCACCUGCCCAGUGACCGCACCCCCUCCACCCCCGUCCCUCCACCAGCACACCUGAGACGGGAACCCUCCUCAGUUGCCCAAGACCCGUGGCCGUGUGAAGCUGAUACAGUCAUCCGACCUCCUCCUAGAACUAAAAAUUUUAAGUCCAACUUGAAAGGACUUACCGAACCAAGUGCCAAAUCCACUGAAGAUGUGCUGGAGUCAAGAGUUCUAACGUCGCGCGUUCCCUUGAAUUCCUCGAACUUAACGUCAUCCGAGUCCACUGCCCCCCAGUCCCAAGUCCACUCUAACGUCACUUCCAAGGUCACUGGCUCCAGUCCAUAUUUACCGUCAAGUAGUAACUGUAAUACCGCAUCCUCUGGAGCACUUGAAAACACUCCAUCUAUAGAGACGAUAUCCAAAUCUCUAAAUUCAGAAGCAAUAUCUAAUUCAACAUCAUCAGAAACAAUUUCAAAGUCUAUAUCGUCUGAAAAAACUUCGAAGUCCACAUCGUCUGAAAAAAUUUCGCAGUCACUAACAGCUGAAACUAAUUUAAAUUCUCGAUCUUCGGGAACGAUCUCAAACUCUUAUUCUUCAAAAGAAAACUUCAAGUCCACUUCUCUUGACAGCUCCGUCAAGUCCACAUAUUCAGAACCAUUUAAAUCUCAACCUUCGCAAGCACCAGUUAAUUCUUCAUCUUUAUUCACGAAAUCUUCAACCGACAACCAAACUUCAGGCCGUAUUUUAGCAAAGCCUUUAUUCCCAGCAUCGUCAAAGUCUCUUAGUUCUGAACUAGAACUUACAUCUUCGUCUCAUAUAGUCAAAGGUUUAAGUUCUUCUAAAGAUUACGGAAAUUUAAACUUAGACUUAACAAAACGUAAUCUCGAGACAGCGAAACCCAGCGUCGAACAUACGGUUAAGAACGAUGCGAACGUAACGUCAUAUAAUCGCGAUGUUGAAAAUUCCACAACUCCUAAACUUUCUUUGAGCUCAAAAUUCCUGUCCGCAAAAUUCAACAGAAAAAUGUCCGCCGACGCAAAUUCGGAACUUCUCCCUCCGGAAUUCGAUCCCGAUCUGGAAGCGGAUCGGGAGCAAGAUAACAGUCUUGCCCGGUCAUGUGACACUGAUAACAGCGUAACGGACACUGAUAACAGCAUCACUGAUACCACUGACGACAACAAAACCUUGGAGGAAGAAGCAAACGAAGAGGAAAAUUCACAAAGUUUGCAAAAUAAUUCUGAAGUCACACAGCACUCUGAUUUAAUUAAGAAUAUCGUAAGCAAUGAUGAUAAUGAUGAUGAUACGUUGCAGUUGAAGAGCCUCGAGAGAAGUGAUGAUAAUGACGAGGCUUUUGACGACUGCGAUAGUGAAUCGUCAGCCAGCGAUACUGACGACGAUGUACACGUCAGCUGUCAAUAUGACGUUAACAGGAGCUCGUCAACGUCUGAUAUCGAAAACGUUGCUGAGAGCGACGAGGGUGAUAGUGGACAGCCUGCCAACGUCACUGAAAUGAACACCGAAAAUACACUUAAAAAUGAAUCCACAUCUUCUGUGAAAGAUACUCAAGAAAACGAGCUUAAUUUCGUAGGUAAUGAAUUUUCAAAAAAUCCCAAUGUUAUUAAUGUUGUUGACGCUGAUGAAGAUGUAAAUGCUAGUCAAGCUGUACAGGCGUCAGGGCACGAUAGCGAUACUGAUGAAACUUUUAAUGCACUAAGUGAAAUUAAACCUUCAUGUGAAAUUGGAGAAACAAACGAGGGAAACUUGGAAGAAAGUGAAGCAAAUCAACCGAUCUCAUUAGAAGAAAACGAUAAUUAUUACCGUGUUUCCGAUGGAGAAAUGGCACAAUCUUCAGAUGAGGAAAAAUCGAAACAUGCCGACGGAUCGUCAAACCGUGACAAGUUGAAUCGUCAAAGAAUCGAUCAUCUUUUACGAAAUGAUGGGGAAGAAAUUGACAACAUAGAAAUUAGUGACAAGAAACUCGAAGACGGAAGCAUCGUUACUCCGUCCCCCAGCCUCCCCCCCUCUAAUGAGUCGCACGUGCUUGGGGGCAACGGGGGGCAAAUUUCACCACAACCAGACUCCCCCACUUGGCGGCUUCCAUCCGCUUCCAGCGAGCAAGAAAAAAUCCUGGAAAGUAAACAGAAAUCUGAGUCUGACGACGCCACCGAGCCCGGAACACCGACUGCCCUAGAACCUCUUAAGGAUGUCACAGGAAAAUGCGUAAAUGAUGUUAUCAGCGACACCGGAAACUCUCAGUCACUGGAACUGAAUGAUCCGCAGCAGCAGCAGCUGCAGCUGCAGCAAGGAAAUAAAGAGAGCUUGUGUAGUUCCAGUGUAACGAGCAACCGUUCGGCAGUAGCUUGCGGGUCUGUGGAGAGUGAGUGUGUGUCGUCUUCCGGUACACCCAACGACCGUGAUAUAUUGUGCAGUGAAGGUUGUUUAGUCGGCAGUAGCAGUGAUGAAAUUAGCUCUCAAAGUGUUGUUUCCAGUGAUCAAGUUGGUGAUGUAGGCGCGCCGAAUGUGUUUGAUGAGAAAUCUCAAGUAGGCGACCGUGAAGCAGGUCAUUUGGGUGCAGGCAACAGCGAGACAGUUGAUGGUGCCGCCGAUCGUGACUGUUCCAGCGCACGUGAUUCUGGCUCACUUCGCGAUCCAUCAAGCACCACCCCUGUGUUGAAAUCCAGGCCAAAAAGUGAGAACUUGGACGACACAGAAGUUAUUCGGGCUCCGAAACGCACCAAGAAGCGUUCGUCGUCCUCCGAAGGCCUGUCAUCAUCAUCUGAUUUGGAUCGUUCGGACGCAAGCGACUCGGCCGACACAAUCAUAGAGAGAUCGAGAUCUGAUAAUUCACUUAAACGUUUGUUCGUGGAGCAGCGGAAGCAGCGCCUCGCUCUGCAAGACAAGCAUCGUUCUGCUUCAGACGAUCGGGAAUUUGUGUUAACUGGAGACAGUGAAUCGCAGCACUCAGAUAAUAGCGAGGAAGGCAAUUUAGUUUCCAUAGUGUCGGUGGGCGGUGAAGACAAACCAGCUCCUCUAAGCCACGGACGUAUUUAUAUCAGAUCAGAUUCUACUGAUUCUGAUGUGCAAAUAAAACCUACUUGUAUUGUCGUGACUGGUGGAUCUUCUGGAGCAGAAUCUAGUGAAGAUUGUGACGCUGAGUCUUUAAAACAGGAUCAAAAUAUUCUGGAAUCUAAGAAGAAAGUUAAGGGGAGUGAUGUGACGAUCUUAGAAGUGAGCAGUAAAGAGCCGUCAUCAGACCACAUCAUGUCUGUUCAAGUGACGAGCCCUUCGUCGUCACGUAGCGGCUCUCCUUCACGUCAAACGAACGUCUUGGAACUGCAGGAUGUUAUUUCUUUAUCAAAGGAACGACAAGAGCAGUUUCAGCGAUCGCGAUCAGAUUCUCCGGAACCGACUUCCGGUCUUGCUAAUUAUUUUACACUCACUUUAGGCUUUGACUCUCCCCACACUCCCCGCCGCCUCAACAAAACUCCUGAAGUUCGUAGGAGGACCAAAACUCCUGACCGAACUUUAGACGGUAGUCCCGAAAAAGCAAGCACAUCCCUCACCCCGAGCCCAGUGAUCACCCCGACUCCCGAAGGAGACGCCUCGCCAGAGAGAAGCUUCGAAGGCGACCAACUGGGGCUUCCAAAAGAAGAUAGACUUUCUGAUAACCGCGAGGUCGGUAGUGCUAAUUCUAUGGAUGACAGUCAACACUUUUCAAGCGGCACCGAGGAAUAUGAAGAACGAGACUCGUUCGACCACGAGUAUGGAGACGAAAUGAAUGAAGAAGAAUAUUUUGAUGACGAGUACGACGACGAUGAUGAUUACGGGUUUGAUGCUCCUCUAGCCGAUGUAAAAAAUUGUAGACCCCACUUAGAUCUCACAUUGCACACAAUCAUUGAAGAAAGUUGCGAAGAAAGCGACUGCGAUCGACGACAGAAGGACGAUGAAGUCAGUAAUCAAGAUCCUUCUGAACUCGAAAAAUACUUUUUCUUCGGCCUUGGCAACGGCACUGCGGAAUCCAAAAGAAUAGGUAACGAAGAGAGCGAGUACAGCGACUCGUUUUCUGAGACAUCCAGUUCUAUUUUCAACGAAAGCCUAGAAACAAACGAUGGGCAGGUAAAUGACGAAAUUGAUCCUGCAGAAUUAGCUUCUUCUCGACUGGAGAAAUAUUUCCUGACGGGUUUGGGCUCCAACUUCGAGCGCCAGCCGUCGAUACGGUCCGUCGGUGAGGACUCAGAGUUGCACACUGACGAAAGUGGCUCGGUGGGUAGCGACUCCGAAGGAUCUCCUAGUCCAGAACAGCCAAGGAAGAAACUUCUAAGGCCUAGAGGUUUCCGUCAGGGCAUGGCAUCGCGUGGCCUUGGAUAUUCCUCGGACAGAGGGGAAUAUCCUUCUGAUGGCUCGCACCAUUCUGGGGAAGAUGGUGACGUUGACCGCAACCUCGUCAGCGGGGAAGAUGAAGGUUCUACGGAAAGUGAAGAAAUUGCCUUUGAUAAAGUUGACGGGCAAUUUGAUACAAUUAAGAGAAGGAAGAAAAAGAAGAAUUCUUCAGACUUGAGCGAUCGACGAUCUGAUAGCGAAAAGAGCGAAAUCAAAGCAAUGGAAAGCGAAGCCAAAGAAGAGACCAAACUGACCGAGAAGCGGCGAGCGACAAACGACGCUAUUAAUUUUCACAAACGAAGUCAUCACGAAACAUCUGAGAAAGAAGCCAAUAAAGAUAAGGAUGUAAGUCAUUCUACUGUUGGAGAUUUAUCUGACCGAAAAUACCAGAGUCGUGACAGUGGUUUUAUCGGUAGCUCUGACGAUCUCCUCAAGGACAAGCCUGACGAUGCCAGCAAAAAUAAAGACAAUAAAGAAAAACUCUCCUCGGACUCGAGCGCCGAUGACAAAAGCGGUGCCUCGAGCAAGAAGGAACAAAAAAGUGGCCAAGACGUGGAAGCUGACGAUUGCACCAAGUCAGAAAAAGCCGACAACGAUUUCAAUGGCAAGUCCGAGGCAGAUGAGAGGAGCCGGCACGGUGGCAAAGUAUCACGAUCAAGUACUGGCAGUUCUGCAGAUCUUCCUCCAUUCUCGAAAGAUCGAAUAAAAGUUAGCCGUAAGGAUUCUUUCAAUUGGAGUUCAGAUGAAGAAACUAACAUCAUGAUGAACAGAAUGCGUAUUUUCUUCAGGAAUAUGCUGAUGAAAGCUCGUGAAAAUGUCAAGGAAAAAUCUGCUGUUAAGAGUCCUCAACUGCUCCUAUUCGAGGCUAAACUAACUUCACUCAUGAAAAAAGUUCCUGACAUAAACGACGAGCAAGUUAAGGAAAUUGUCGAGUAUUUGAGUUCUGAAGACACGUGGAGCGACUCGUACGACUCCUCUGACUACACCGCUAGCGAUCUUGAAGCCAGUGCAUUAUUCGACCAUCCAGUUCAUCACCCGCUGUCAUCUGAGCUGAGUAAGCAAAUUUCAGCUUCAUGCCAGCAGAUAAUUCAGAAAUUUGACCAAAGUAGGGAACCCAGCGACACAGACAGUGCUCAUUCUCUAUUUGGAGGACGUGCAUAUUCUGAGAGCUCCGAAGACGUGUCUCAUAACAACAAGGAAACACUUUUCAUGUAUCAACGUCUGCUCUCGACUAUCGGUCACAUGAAACCUGACAGUGACCGCAUCAGUAUAGGUUCAGGUUCACAAAAUGCCUCGCCUCCUUUGCUAGCCAAAGUUUUCCACCACAUCGGAACUAGUCUCGUGGAACUCAUGCACGAAGUAUCAGGAGGAAGUGAGACUGGUGACGAUAUCGAUUCCCUCAGUGGGAGAAUGCAUCCGAAGUCCUCUAAGCCUCCACUUUUUGCCUAUCCAAAUACGAGCUUUGAAUCAGAUGGCAGUGCAACAGACACCGAACAAUCACCCGAGUCUGGCACUCCUAAAUUGUCUCGGAAAAAAGCGCUCUCGAUCAUCAGCGAAAGGUCAUCAGCCGAGGACUUUACGUCGCUCGAGAGCCAGAGAACCGUGUUCGCUUCACACGACUCGCCGCGGCACUAUACUCGGCCCGACUCUUACUUAACUCCCCAGACCUCAGUGUCGCAACGCAGUCUUGAGGAGCGCGGUAUCACCAGCAUUCAAUACUACGUUACUGAAGGAAGUGGUAACGAGCCUGAAGUUUGGCAGAGUGUAACUAUCGACGAGGACAAGUUCGAUGCUCGUGAACACAUCGGCGUUCUGAAGGCUAAGAAAUCCAGCAAACGACCUGACACCAGAAAAGCUAAGAGCCAUAUGAGCCUUGAGAAAAUCCAGUGCGAUGAUAUCAAAACCAGCACCGGUGAACGAUCUGAAUCGCUUGGCGAUCUCUGCGACAGAUUCCGGCACUCAGAUUUCUCGACCACAAGUAGCUACGAGCAGCUAGACUCCGACUCAACAUUAAAGGCAUCGGAUUCUUUAGACCGGCACAUUGGCAGCAGUUCCUCCAACAUUCGCUUGAAUGCGAGCAGUCGUGGCUCCCUUACUACGAGUAGUAGAGGUAGUCUAGCAGCUUCUAGUCGAGGUUCCUUGCAAGGAUCGUCAGGACCAGAAGAUGAAGAGGAAAAGAAAUCAAAAAAACUAGGCAGCUUUUUCCGGUAUCCCCGACGAUCGUCCAUCCCUGACCCCAAAAACGACCGCGCGAAUCAAGAAGUUAGGUCAACUACCUUACCGCGCUCUACCCCUGCCCAACUGUUACCAACCGCCACACUUCCGCGCACAUUACCAAGUUCCAGCGGCGGCUACAGAGCUUCCCCAAGUUACUCCUACCCUUCUUCUUCUUCGUCUUCCUCGCAACAAACUCCGGAGAACAGAGGAGGGAUCUCGACCGUUUCCUCUACUUCAUCAAGUGCUGGUGCAGCUACAGGAUCUGUUCCUAGGUCAGCGAGAUACCAUGCACCAGGAUACAGACCUCCACCCUCGUCCUCCAAGAGAAACAUGUUCUCCACCAGUACUAGGAAGGGCUUCAGAAACUGGUCUAGUACAG